AUGGCCGACACAAAUAGCGGCAAGGAAACGCCCAAGAUGGCCGCAUCCAAAUUGGACAUGAAGGAUACAAAAAAGAAACGAGCAGCCAAGUUGGACGCCUGUUUCAAUAAAUGGCUCCAGUUCUUUCUUCACAAAGCCGAUUAUGUAACUCUUGGAGCUUUCUUGCCGCACCUCGCAAAACAUCACAAGACGGAACUGGAAAACGCACAGGGACAAAUGUCCCAAUACAUGAAGGAGCAAUUAAUCAAUGCAUACAAACAAGCCAAAGAAGAUUACCAAUUUGUCGAAAAAUUGAAUCGCUUGGAUGAACUCAUAGAAGAGGCAUAUCAAAGUAAUGAAAGUCCAAAGCAUAAACGUUUCAGGAGAAUUGUACCUGAACCGCAGCAAGUGAUACGAUCGCACAUGAUUAAUACAAAGAUGCAGGAGCUGCAACGUUUACGCGAAACUGAAUCAAAGUUGAAAGCUAGGAACAUGCAGUUGAUGAGUCAAAUGCGCGAGAUGAGACAGAAAUUGAGUCGGGCGUCCGCCGAGGUUGCAACGGUUGUUCUCGAGUUUGAAGCGACCGUUUCUAUCGCCAGCACAAUACCCACCGAAGAACUAAUCGAGACAAUGGAAGGACUCGAAUUGAUGGUCAUUCCAAAGGCAUAA